UGAUUCUUCAAAAUCAUUCAACAUUUAUCAUUUAUAUAUUACUUUUAUCACACUCUAAAUCUUCUGUAAUCCAAGAAUCUUAAGUCUGUGCCUGUAACAUUGCAUCUUACUUGUCUGUUCUUCUUCUUCUUCUUCUUUUGGUUUAGCAUAUAUAGCAUUUGUUUUGGCUUUCUUUUUAUGGUUUGGAGGGAAAAGGUUUCUGGGUUGUGAUUGGGGCAGACUUUUAGGCAUGUUGCUGCAAAACAAUUCAUGGGUGGCUGUAACUUUGAUCAUAGGAGUUUUUGUUGUGUUUGGAGGUGAUUUAUACUCCGUGGAGGGCAGGCCUUACAGAAUUCUUAUGGAUACAGACGUGGAUACGGAUGAUUUUUUCGCUUUCUUGUACCUCUUGAAGCUUAACCGAUCAGAAUUCAGACUGGAGGCAAUCACCAUCAAUACAAAUACAUGGACUAAUGCUGGUCAUGCUGUGAAUCAAGUCUAUGACAUUCUUUACAUGAUGGACCGCGAUGACAUUUCAGUUGGAGUGGGAGGGGAAGGUGGAAUUUUAGAAGAUGGAACCAUACUUGCAGAUGUUGGUGGAUAUCUUCCUAUUAUUGAUCAGGGCAACACAACAGCUGGAUAUUGCAGAUACAGACAAGCUAUUCCAGUUGGUCUUGGAGGAAUAUUAGAUAUUGAUUCUAACUAUGGCUUGCGAAAGAGCUUUCUUCCACAGGGCAGGAGGAGGUAUUCUCCUCUUCAACAACCCACUGCACAGCAAGUCUUCAUUGAAAAAGUCUCUGCAGGUCCUAUAACUAUAUUAAUAACAGGAUCUCACACAAAUACUGCAAUUUUCCUUAUGAAGAAUCCCCAUUUACGGAAAAAUAUUGAGCAUAUUUUUGUCAUGGGUGGCGGUGUGAGGUCCAGGAACCCAACAGGCUGUUGCCCGCCCAAUGCCACUGCCACUUCUUGCCAGCCGCGGCAGUGCGGUGACCCUGGAAAUCUAUUCACUGUCUACACCAGUAACCCUUAUGCAGAGUUCAAUAUUUUUGGAGAUCCUUUUGCAGCAUAUCAGGUGUUUCAUUCUGGUAUUCCUGUCACGCUUGUUCCUCUAGAUGCUACAAAUACUAUCCCCAUAAAUGAGAAAUUCUUUGAAGUUUUUGAGCAGAGCCAGGGUACUUAUGAGGCACAAUAUUGCUUCCAGUCCUUGAAAAUGUCUCGUGACACUUGGUUUAAUGACCAAUUCUACACGAGUUAUUUCAUGUGGGACUCCUUCACAUCGGGGGUGGCAACCUCAAUCAUGCGCAAUUCACACAAAAAUAAUGGACAGAAUGAAUUUGCAGAAAUGGAGUUCAUGAAUAUAACUGUUGUUACGUCAAAUAAACCUUAUGGAAUAUCAGAUGGAUCAAAUCCUUUCUUCAAUGGCCGUACAGUUCCCAAGUUCAAUCUGAAGAAUGGUGGAGUUCAUACUGGCCAUGUUCAAACCGGACUUCGAGAUCCAUUUUGCAUUGUCAAGAAUGGGAAAGGGAAAUGCAAGGAUGGCUAUACAGAGGAGGUAGAUGGCUCUGAUGCAGUGCACAUUCUUGUGGCUACAAAGGCAAAAUCUAGUCAAGAUCCUGGAAGCAACCUUACUAGAGAAUUUUACAAAAGCUUCCUCGAUGUUCUAAAUCAGCCUCAACACAGUGGAAGGUUCAAUUUUUCAACUCAAUUUCCCUAUUACAAAGAAGUUUUUUACAGACCAGAUUUUGGUGGCAAGAAGCUGGGGAAGCCUGUUGUGUUUGACAUGGACAUGAGUGCUGGAGACUUUCUAGCUCUAUUUUAUCUCCUAAAAGUUCCUGUGGAAGCUAUCAAUCUCAAGGCAAUCAUAGUGAGUCCAACUGGUUGGGCAAAUGCUGCAACAAUAGACUCUGUUUAUGAUCUUCUGCACAUGAUGGGUCGAGACGACAUUCCAGUCGGCCUAGGAGAUGUAUUUGCAAUGAACCAGUCUGAUCCAGACUUCCAGAGUGUUGGAGACUGCAUGUAUGUCAAAGCCAUCCCACAUGGAAGUGGUGGCUUUCUAGACUCAGACACUCUCUACGGGCUCGCUCGUGAUAUGCCAAGAAGUCCUAGAAGGUAUACAGCAGAGAACUCUGUAAAAUAUGGAGCUCCUCGGGAUACUGACCACCCAGAACUUAGACAGCCUCUAGCAUUGGAAAUUUGGGAUUCCAUAGCACAAACUCUUGACCCGGGGUCCAAGAUAACCAUAUUGACCAAUGGACCCCUCACUAAUUUAGCCAAAAUUAUUUCUUCAAGGAAAAAUUCAACCUCUCUAAUUCGGGAUGUGUAUGUUGUUGGAGGGCACAUCAGCCUUGAUCACAAAGACACAGGAAAUGUCUUUGGUAUUCCAUCCAAUAAAUAUGCAGAAUUCAAUAUGUAUCUUGACCCUUUGGCUGCAAACACUGUCUUCAACUCACCAAUAAAUAUCACACUCAUCCCUCUUGGCAUUCAACGCAAAGUAAGUUCAUUUUCAAGUAUCCUGAGAACCCUGCAGCUUACAAACAGGACACCGGAAAUGGGGUUUGCCCGACGUUUGUUGUCUAGGCUGUAUCGCUUGGAACGAAUCCAUCAUCGAUACCAUCACAUGGAUACAUUUUUAGGGGAAAUUCUUGGUGCAGUGGUGUUGGCUGAUGAUUAUGCAUCUCUGAACCCAACUUUUGCUGUGAAACCCAUCAGAGUUUUGGCUGAAGGUGUUGAAUCCAGAGAUGGACAAACUUUGGUUGAUAGAAAGCAUGGCAAGCUUGUCAAAGUAUUGGAAAAUUUGAACCCAAUGGCUUACUAUAAUAUGUUUGCAGAUAAGCUUGGUGACAAAAAGCAGAGUGCUGUGAUUGGAAGCUUUGAUGAACAAAGCAGAAUUUGGAGAACAAAACCAACAAAUCAAACAGAGAAUUUUAACAUAGAGGUGUUGAGUUAAAUAUUGGAAUUGAAUAUUUUCAAAUUAUUUAUCAAGUAUCAUGUUAUAAGA